AUCUCUGUCUAUUAGGUCAAGUUUCUCAAAAAGCCAAGCCCUCUCUUUCCUCUCAAGCAAAAACCCAAAGCUAAAGAACUGGGCACAGACCCACCACCCUUCUGCCCACAACUCACUCGCCGUCUUCCUCCUCCAUGCCUCCUCGAGGCCGUAGCUCUCCAUCACUUCUCCUCAACCUACCAUUACUGAUCCUACUCUUAUCCAUCUUUGCAUUCCUUCUAUGCUUCUUCUUCUUGGCAAUCCCUUCAUUUUUCUCUUUUUCCUCUACUCAUACUAAACUUCGACCCAAUACUGUCAAGAAGAGUUGGGACUCUCUCAACGUAUUUCUUGUCUUGUUUGCGAUCAUCUGCGGGAUCUUUGCCAGAAGAAAUGACGAAGAAUCUGCUCCUAACCGCAACGUUUUACAUGGGGUUCACGAUAAUAAAGAAGAUCGCCAUCCUGUUUCCAAUCAUUGGUUUGAUCAGUUAGCGGCUGCGACACCUGCUGCUGGUAUGCGGAGGCUAAAGAGGAGCAGUAGCUCCUACCCAGAUCUGAGGCAAGAGUCUUUUUGGGAAUAUGGCGAUGACCGGUCUCGGUUCUUUGACGAUUUUGAAAUAAGCAAGUAUCGGUCAUCGGCAUCUUCCGAGUACAAUAAUAUUUAUCAUGGCAGGCAGCGAAGUGUAUUUGAAGAAUCUAAUGUUAAGGAAAUUCCUGUUGAUCCUCCACCGCCACCAGGGGAAAGCAAUCACAAACAAAGGCGAACUUGUAAAACUGUUCCACGUAAAGAAAAGGUAGAGAAAGCGGAUGAAAAUGAUUAUGAAUUCCCAAGAAAAGAAAAUUCUCCACCAACGCCAUCUCCUCCACCACCACCACCCCCGCGCCCGCCACCAGGGGAAAGCAAUCACAAACAAAGGCGAACUUGUAAAACUGUUCCACGUAAAGAAAAGGUAGAGAAAGCGGAUGAAAAUGAUUAUGAAUUCCCAAGAAAAGAAAAUUCUCCACCAACGCCAUCUCCUCCACCACCACCACCCCCGCGCCCGCCACCACCUCCGCCUCCGCCAAUUACCAAGGCGACUCGACCAGAGCGUAAGUACUGGAGUAAAAAGACUAAUGCGACUACGGAGUUAAAGAUGGCUUUGAUUUCAUUUUACCAUCAGAGUAAAAGAAAGAAGAAGCAGAAAUCAAAGAGUUUAUACGAUGACACACUUCACUAUCAGCCUGAAUCACCAUCCUUUGGUAUAUCUCCACCUUCGCAACCUCCGCCUCCUCCUCCUCCUCGUCCUCCACCUCCACCUCCACCUCCACCUCAAUCAGUGUUCUAUAAUUUGUUCAGAAAAGGAAGCAAAAAUAAGAGAAUUCAUUCAUUUUCAGCUCCACCACCACCUCCACCACCACCUCCUCCUCCACCACGACAGUCUCUCACCGCAUCAAAGAGGUGGUCCAAGCGUAAGAGUCAGAUACCACCUCCUCCACCGCCCCCGCCCCCGCCCCCAGCACCAGUAACACCUCCCCGAGCACCCUCCAGACGGCGGAAUUCUACAACAACAGGCCGGCCACCGUUACCAACAAGAGCUAAUAAUAAUUCCUACGAGGAAAAUGUGAAUAGCCAAGGGCAAUCCCCUCUCAUUCCAAUGCCCCCACCACCUCCACCUCCGCCGUUCCGAGUGCCAGGUUUUAAAUUUACAGUCAAAGGGGACUAUGUUAAGAUAAGAAGCGCUCACAGCUCACGAUGCAGCUCUCCAGAGUUGGAGGAGCAGGAUAAGCAGUCAACGGAGACGGUCAACAUGAUGGAGGGUGGAGACGGAAGCGGUGGAUCCGUGUUCUGUCCCAGUCCAGAUGUGAACGCCAAGGCUGAUACUUUCAUUGCCAGGCUGAGAGGCGAAUGGAGACUGGAGAAACUAAAUUCGAUGAAGGAGAAGAGAAGUGUAGGCCCAUAAAGAAGCCCAAUCCCUCGCCCAUCUACGACUUGGAACUGACGAUCAAAGUUUGCCCGCAUUUCCUUCAUUUUCAUCUGAUGCACACAAAAAAGAAUUGUCUUAAAACAUAAUUAAUGCAUUUUAGUAUAUAUGAAAUAAAUAGGAGGGAGCUCUGGGCAUGUUUUUUCAGCCACCUAUUGGAGCUCCCCUCAUAGAGAAUGUGAGUUGAUUUCUUUUUUUUUUUUUUAAAUAGAGUUUGGAAUGUGGCAAAGAUAGGAUUGAUGUAUAGGUAUGCACCAUGUGAAUGGUGUUGGGCUCUGGGUGUGUUUUUUGGUCACAUGUUGGAGCCAUGCUUAGAGUUUGAGAGAGUUGAAUAUCAAGUUUGGAUUGUUUGAUGGUGUUACACAAUAAUUUGAAUGACAUUAGUGUGAUGGAAUUGAUCCGCUGA